UUCAGAAGAGGGCUGUCAGAGGGAGUACACUGGUGUGCAGCUCUCUGACAGGAGAACGAUGCAGUUUUAUCAGUAGUGAUCGUAGCUAGUUGUAUUUAAGUUUUUAUUGGUUUUAUGGACGGUGACUACACAAAUCGUAUGCAUAUUUUGGAUUGGUUCGUUUCUUGCAAAUUUUCAAUUGUAUAAAAAUGUUUUCAUGAUUCGGUUUAGGCUAGUUGCUACCAGCUAACUCGCUUCUAUCUGUAAGGUAGCUAAGCGUCUUUUAACACACAAAAAGACAACAUUGAAAAAGGAGCACCGAUUAACUACCGUGCUAGAACAAAUACUUAACCUUUUCACCAAAAAUGGAUCUACAUCAAGUAACGGGCGACAUUAGUCCCGUCAGCAAUCGCAGGCCUGAUGGAAUCCCCCGGCUUUCCUCUCUGUCUCUGCCCGAGUUGGGAAACACGACCUCCCCCUGUAUGAAGAAUCUGUUCUCGCCUGGACCUGCAACUGUGCUAUCCCCUGUCACCCAUCUGGCUCUAAACAUGAACAAUCUAGCGGGACUGGGAGGACAAUGUGAUACCCCCAAAAGAAGAAAGCAUAUGCCUCUGCUGAAGAUUCCCUCCUUUGCCUCAGACGCUUCCUCUGAUGCUGGCCUCGGUAUGGAUUCCCCCAGUCCCAUGGAUUCCAUUGAUGUGGAGGAGAUGUUCGAGAGGGCCGUCCAGGAGAAUGGCCGAGUCGUUAACCAGAAAAUGCCCAUCAGGAGAAUCCAGUCUCUACCAAUGCACCUGCUGGGCCACAGCCCCGCUCUGAAAGGACAGGAGCCUGGAGCCUUCGGCCCCUCCUCCUCCUGCCCGGGACGGGGGGACAAGGAGAACCUGCUAGAGGAGGGCUUUGAGUUCAAGAAGCCCGCCAAGCCAGUGUCCAAGCAUCGCAGGCGCUCCUUCAACAGCAGGGAGGCCUUCGCACGCAGGCCCAACUCUGCCCCGGCCCUCAUGCUGUCCCCGCCCCCCUUUCAGCGGCUCGGCUCAUUGGACGACAGCAGCCCCAUGGUCCUGAGGCGCUCGUCCCUCACCUGUUCGCUGACCAGCGACGAGGACGACGGCUUCUUGGACGUGAUGGAUGACCCCCUGGAGGAGCAGAAUGACUCCAACAUGCCUCAGGGUAUGGCCAGCCUGCUGACAGCGCCCCUAGUGGCAGACUCUCCUGCAGACAACUCGCCUGUGUUUGGCUGUCGUCCUCGGGGCUUGUUCCGCUCCCCCUCCCUGCCGGCGGGCCGCGGGGCCCUGAAGCGUCCGGAGCGUCCCCGGGACGACAACACCCCCAUCAGGGUGAAGAGACGCCGCAGCCUGGCCGGCACCUACGCCAGCCCCGAGAAGGACCCACUCUCCCCCCGUGCGGUGUGCCAGGUCCAGAGGUCCAAGUCCUUCUGCCACGUGGAGAUCGAGAAGCUGCUGGACGGAGGGGUGGCGGAGCUCAUAGGAGACUUCACCAAGCCGUUUGUCAUUCCCACUGUGGACGGGAAACACCAGGACCUGAAAUACAUCACCCCCGACAUGAUGGAGGCGUCUCUCAGCGGCCACUUCAGCGACGCGGUGGAGCGGCUGAUCGUCAUCGACUGCCGCUACCCGUACGAGUACGAGGGGGGCCACAUCAAGGGGGCGCUCAACCUGCACCAGGAGGAGCAGGUGGAGGACUUCCUGCUGAGGAGGCCCAUCCUGGCGGCGUCGCGCGAGAAGCGCGUGGUGCUGGUGUUCCACUGCGAGUUCUCGUCGGAGCGCGGCCCCAGGAUGUGCCGCUUCGUGCGCGAGCGCGACCGCUCCGUGAACGAGUACCCCGCCCUGCACUACCCCGAGCUCUACAUCCUCAAGGGGGGCUACAAGGAGUUCUUCCCCCACUUCCAGGUCCACUGCGAGCCCCAGGCCUACAGGCCCAUGCACCAUGAGGACUUCAAGGAGGAUCUGAGGAGGUUCCGUCUGAAGAGCAGGACUUGGGCUGGAGAACGCAGCAAGAGAGACCUGUACAGCCGCCUGAAGAAGCUGUGAUCCCUCCAUCCAUCCAUCCAUUCCCCUGUACAGCUGUCUGAAAAGCUGUGAUUCCUCCCUCCCUCCAUCCCCCUGUACAGCUGUCUGAAAAGCUGUGAUUCCCAACACUGCCCCUCCAGAAGCUAGGAGGACUCUCUUACACACACACACACACACACACACAGCGCCCACAUGUGCACACACACACACACAGCGCUCGCACACACACACAAACACCUCAUAGUCACACUCUUCCGCCUGGUGAGCGUUGGUGCUCCACGGACAGCCAGGUCCCGCCUCCCAAAAGCCCGGAACUUCAACCCUCACUGCCACGUUUGUCGUCGACCUGAACCACAGCACACAGUCUGGGAUGGAUGCGCAGUGUUUCCGAGCCGCGUCUGCCGUUUGCCCCCCCCGGAGAUGUGUUUUGACGUGCUCAGUGCAGUGAUGUCACUCACACGCCACGCUCGUAACCACUCGUAGCAUCACGCUACAGCUCAGCCGAUGCUACAGCGCCCCCACCCCCUCCCUUCCUCAACCCUAUCAAGUCUCACUGGACCCAUUUUCCGAUUCCCUCGUUUUUGUUACGUAUGUUGUUUACCGCCCUAUUUAAGCACUUAAUUCAAUAUCCCUUUUAGGUUGUGAGGUGCUGUGUUUUUAAAUGCGUUGUGAUUUUUGUAUUCUCCUUUUGUUUGUGGGUGCAUGUGCGCACGAGCCAACAUUUUUCUGCCAAUACCAAGUUGCAAGGGUUGAGACCCUGGCCUCCAGCCCAGAGCACGUAGAGUCUACGACUGGUGUCCUGUGAGAGGAGACGGGGUUCUGAGAGCUCAGAGCGUCUCCAGAACGAGCUCUCCUGUCUGUUCCCCGUGCUGCAGGUCAGCAACAUGUCAAGAUUGUUGACGAGAGACCCCGGAUUUUUGAAAGUGGUUUUAAUUCGAUUAUUAUUUAAAUUUAUUUUUUACAGAAUGGUGUUGCUUUGUGGCUUGAUUUUUUUUUGUACCUGUCUUAUGGGGGAGUUUCUGGAAUAAAAAUCUCAUAUUUAAA